AUGGAUGAGGAUCAAGGACCACAAUCCAUUGCGCCUGAGCAUGCACCAUCCAAGACAAUCGCUCAGCGCUACAAUGGUCUCGUUAAAGCGUUUACAACUAGGCACGGCCUGAUCGGCGAUUACGACUAUGGCUUCCUCUUUCGACCAAACCUACCUUUCAUGAAGAAGAGCGUUAACCCAAGCCCUUUCUUUGGACUCAACGAUAAGAUGCCAGUUCUUCUUGGUUUGCUCCUGGGGUUCCAGCAUGCACUGGCCAUGUUAGCAGGAGUCAUUACACCACCCAUCAUCAUCAGCAGCAGCGCCAACCUAUUACCUGAACAACAACAAUAUCUUGUCUCGACUGCCCUCAUUGUUUCGGGCAUCUUCUCCGCUGUCCAAAUUACUCGGUUCAGACUUUUCGGCACAAACUACUACCUGGGCACCGGAGUACUAUCAGUUGUGGGCGUGUCUUUUAGCGUCAUCCCAGUGGCCUCUGGAGGCCUUGCUCAGAUGUACGCUAAUGGUUUCUGUCCCUCUGACUCUUCUGGAAACCCUUUGCCUUGCCCUGAGGGAUACGGUGCGAUCCUGGGUACCUCGGCCGUAUGCGCUCUUGUCAAUGUUCUAGUUUCUUUCAUCCCUGCCAAGUUCUUGUUGCGAGUGCUGCCACCCAUCGUUACCGGCCCUACUGUCAUGCUCAUUGGCAUCAAACUCAUCAAGUCGGGGUUCUCCAACUGGAUGGGAGGCAGCGGAGGCUGUAUGACAGCUACCGAUGGAUUGUUUGCUUUGUGCCCUGAUAUCAACGCACCUCAUCCUCUACCAUGGGGAUCUGCAGAAUUCUUGGGUCUGGGAUUCUCUGUUUUUGUUGCCAUCAUCCUGUGUGAGCGAUUUGGUUCACCUAUUAUGAAGUCAACGUCAGUUGUUAUUGGAUUAUUGUUUGGGUGCAUCAUAGCUGCCGCUUGCGGCUAUUUCGACCGAUCCGGCAUCGACGCAGCUCCUGUUGCAUCGUUCGCAUGGGUACACACCUUCCCACUCUCAGUUUAUGGACCCCUUGUCCUUCCUCUCAUCGCAGUUUACCUUGUCUGCGCUACUGAAGCCAUCGGUGAUGUCACGGCUACAUGCGACGUUUCGAAACUCGAAGUCACUGGAAAGACUUAUGAGUCUCGUAUCCAGGGUGGUAUCCUGUCUGAUGGCCUUGCAGGCUGCAUUGGCGCUCUGAUGACCAUGACUCCCAUGUCUGUCUUUGCUCAGAACAACGGUGUCAUUAUUCUCACUCGCUGUGCUAACCGCAAAGCUGGUCUUGCGUGCGCAAUGUUCUUGGUUAUUAUGGGAAUUUUUGCCAAGUUUGCUGCGGCUCUUAUUGCCAUCCCGUCAGCCGUGCUGGGUGGUAUGACCACUUUCCUCUUCAGCGCCGUUGCCGUGUCUGGCAUGUCGAUCAUCGUCCGUGGUGUGCCAUUUACUCGACGUAAUCGCUUUAUUCUCACUGCCGGCUUUGCCUUGGGAUACGGUGCUACACUUCUCCCCAAUUACUUUGACGAAGUCUUCACAUACAAGGGAGACAACCGCUCCUUGCAGGGUUUCUUGGACGCCAUCGUUCUUAUUAUGGAGACCGGAUUUGCUAUUGCCGCCAUAGUCUGCGUGAUAUUGAACCUCACCCUUCCUGAGGAGUUAGGGGAUGAAAUUGAUGCUGCACGAUCCACAACCGAUAUUACGAUGCACGAGGAGACAGAGCAGAACAAGGCCAUUGCGGGACCAAGUCGAGAUCACAGCAUCGAUCCGAAAAAGGAGGGCUAA